AUGCAAAACGACUACGGCCUAUCUACGCAGACACCGAUUCCUCUCUACAGACAACCCGACGUCGGGGUGGGAAAUACAACUCAACACGCGUCUCAGCGCGAUAUCGAAAGUAGGCAAGGACACUAA